UUCGAUUGACCCCUCAAAUUCCACGGCGGAAAGAGAGAAGAAAGUCAGAGAAAAAGUAAAAGACAGAAAGUGAGGGAAAUUUCAGAGGCAAAAUUUGCAGAAAAUUUUCGGAGAUAAUAAGAGAAAGCAGGUCACGGUGGAUUGAGGAAGAAGAAGAAGAAGAAGAAGAAGGAGGAGGAGGUAGAAAAUGAAGAACAUUUUCAAGAAGCUACACAAAGGCCAUAACCACGAUCCUAAUCGUACCAACGAGGCGCCGUCGUCUCCGUCAUUCGCCACCGAUCAUCAACGUACGACGUCUGGAAACUCUCCGACUAGUCCCUCAACGCCCUCGCCAGCUCCGGCUACUGUUCCGGCCGGCAACGUGAGUGCUACGCCGCCAACUGGGUCGGCAAAUAAUAAUAAUAAUAAUAAUAGUGAGGAUUACAUGUUUUCGGAGGAGGAGUUUCAGGUUCAACUGGCUCUAGCGAUCAGCGCGUCGAAUUCGGAGGAUCCCGAGAAGGAUCAGAUCCGCGCGGCGACGUUGUUGAGCUUGGGAGGGCAUCAUCAGAUGGAUACUGGAAGGGAUAAGGAGGAGGUGACAGCCGAGGAUUUGUCAAGACAAUAUUGGGAAUACAAUGUUCUUGAUUAUGAAGAGAAAGUGGUGGAUGGGUUCUAUGAUGUGUACGGGCCCUCCACAGGUUCAGCAAUCCAAGGAAAAAUGCCGUCUCUUGCAGAUCUUGAGACAAAUCUUGGAAAUUAUGGAUUUGAAGUUAUAAUUGUCAAUGGAACAAUUGACCCUGCCUUAGAAGAGUUGGUGCAAGUUGCACAUUGUAUUGCAUUAGAUUGCCCAGCUACGAAUGUUAGUGUUUUAGUCCAAAGGCUUGCUGAACUUGUUACUGCCCAUAUGGGUGGACCUGUUAAGGAUGCUAAUAUAAUAUUGGCAAGGUGGAUGGAAAAGAGCACUGAACUGAGAACAUCUAUUAAUUCAAGUUUGUUGCCUAUUGGGUCCAUAAAUAUAGGUCUGUCUCGGCAUCGUGCUCUACUUUUCAAGGUAUUGGCUGAUGGUAUAAAGUUACCUUGUAGACUGGUAAAAGGCAGUCAUUACACUGGUGUUGAGGAUGAUGCUGUAAACAUAAUAAAGCUGGAGGAUGAAAGGGAGUUUUUGGUUGAUCUCAUGGCAGCUCCUGGGACACUUAUACCUGUUGAUAUUUCAAGUGUAAAGGAUACUGCUUUGAAGUCAUGUAGUCCAUUACUAAGCAAAAUCCCGACCAUUCGGUCCUCUGAUGAUCAUGGAGCUGUUCACCCAAGAGCCAAGCCAUUAAAUGGUGAAGGCAGUAGCCAAAGUUCAGCAAUAAAUGGCAGUUUUCCUUUGGAUAGCAGGUCAAGUUUAGAAAAGGCAGAAUCCUCAUCUUCAUUAUCAGGUCCAAGGGGUGACUCUGGUGCUGGCACUCCCAUAAUAUCUCACAAAAUGUCCCCGAAUCAAUUGGAUCAUCUUCCUUCAACUGCCAUUUGCGCUUCACUUUAUAAAGGGAGUCGUGGAACCAAUGUUGGUGAUGGUGCAAGGAUGAACCUCAAUGCAGUUCCAUAUGGUCAGAGUGGUAAAGAUGACUCUAAAAACCUUUUUGCAGAUCUUAAUCCUUUCCAGAUUAAAGGGACAGGUAAAACUUACCUGCCAAACAAAUCUACAGAGAUCAAAAUUGAUGAGCUUCAGAGACAGAAAAAUAAUGUUGUCAUUGGACGCCCCCCUGUCUCAUCACGGAAGAAUCGACCAGCUUACAAUGAGGUCCCUAAGAAAAAGGAGUAUAAUUAUGUAGAUGGUCUAUUUCCAAAAAUCAAUCGUGAGCCCAACGAGUUUCAUCAAUCAGCAUCAGCUUCCACCAGCUCUACAAAAUCUGAAAAGGUCUAUCCUCAUGGUUUCAAUUCAUCUGGUGAUUCCAAUCUACCCAAUAAUGAUGAUAAAACUAGGAACCAUUUGUCUGGCACUGGGCCAUCAUUGAAAUCUACUACCGGUCAGUUCAAUAACCAACCAAUGGUUCAAGACUUGAGCACUAAUUUUAAGGAAGACAAGUCCAAGAAAGUACAGGUUGUGCAAAAUAACACAGUGGAUAUUGUUAAAGAGCAGGAGAGUAAUGAAGUUGGUUUACAUGAUCCUAGAAAGUCUGCACAUGAAAGAUUUAUGGGGAAUAAUCUGAAACUGAAGGAUCCUGAAAAUCCUAGCUCAGUAGUUGAUUCCACAGUCCGCAGGGUUGAUCAACUCUUUGAUGAUGUAGAUGUGGGUGAUUGCGAAAUUGCAUGGGAAGACUUGGUUAUUGGUGAAAGAAUUGGACUGGGUUCAUAUGGAGAGGUGUACCAUGCUGAUUGGAAUGGCACGGAGGUUGCUGUUAAGAAGUUCCUGGACCAGGAUUUCUCAGGUGCUGCCUUGGCUGAAUUCAAGAGAGAAGUGCGGAUAAUGCGUAGACUGCGUCAUCCAAAUGUUGUUCUUUUUAUGGGUGCUGUUACUCGUCCUCCAAACCUCUCCAUCAUCACAGAAUUUCUUCCAAGGGGAAGUUUAUAUAAGAUUGUCCAUCGUCCUAAUUGUCAAAUUGAAGAGAAGCGUAGGAUAAAAAUGGCUCUUGAUGUGGCGAGGGGUAUGAAUUGUCUGCACACCAGCAUGCCCACAAUUGUUCACAGGGAUUUGAAAUCACCAAAUCUUUUGGUCGAUAAAAACUGGAAUGUCAAGGUUUGUGAUUUUGGGUUGUCACGCUUGAAGCAUAACACGUUCCUCUCAUCAAAAUCAACUGCUGGGACACCUGAGUGGAUGGCACCAGAAGUUCUUCGCAAUGAGCCCUCAAAUGAAAAGUGAGUUCCUUUUUUUUGGUUUAAUAUACAUGAGUGUUGCCAUUUCAUUGCCUCUCUGUUUGUCUUUUCCUGUUCUAUGAGUACUAUUCAUCAUUUUUCUUUUGCUUGGUUAUAAAAUGCCCAUUACUGCUUUAUAGAUCUGUAAGUUGUUGAAAUGCUUUCUUUCUAGUAUUUUCAAAUAAUGCAUUGCAGACAACUUAUUCAACAACCAAUGGUUAUCCCAGUGUCUAAUUGCUUGGUUCUCAUUCUGAGUUAUCACUGUUGGUUAUUCAAGUCUGUAAAAUAUUUUAUUGUGUUUCCGAAUGUGGGUUACAAAAUCUUUCAAAUGUUUGUGUAGAUGUGAUGUUUACAGCUUUGGUGUCAUUCUUUGGGAGCUCGCUACUCUGAGAUUGCCUUGGAGUGGCAUGAAUCCAAUGCAAGUUGUAGGUGCAGUUGGUUUCCAGAACCGUCGCCUUGACAUCCCCAAGGAAGUCGAUCCCCUAGUUGGAAGAAUAAUUUGGGAAUGUUGGCAAACUGAACCAAACUUGCGGCCUUCAUUUGCUGAACUUACGGUAGCAUUAAAACCCUUGCAACGGCUUGUUAUCCCAUCACAUCAGGACCAACCAAGCUCACCUCUGAUGCACGAGAUUUCUGUAAAUACUACACCUUGAAAUCCCCAUUUUUCCUCAAUUGUGAAUAAGGGAGCCUUCUGUUUCUUUUCCUUCAUGAAAUGAUGUAUUGAAUUUAGAGAAAAGAAGAGGAAACAAGAAGCCUAGGAGAAAAGCUUGUGGCCUAUAGGUAAUCGCUUGUCAGCUUGUGUUACUUAAGCUCAUCGGAUGUAUUAUCGCCACUGCACAAAAAGAAAAACUAGCCGCAGUCGUGUACAGAUGUGUGUGCAUAUUUGUCCGGAAAAUCAAAACAGAAUGUAUAUCACAAUACCCUAUGUUGAUAAUAGGGAAAAAGUUGUUUGAUGAGAUGUCCUGGCUCUUAGUACAAGUAAUGAAUAAAGAAUGAAGCAGUAAAAUUUUAACCAAUUCCAUUGUAUGUCCAAAGAAGUGGUGGUGGUGGUGUUUCUCUGCUGUGGUCAUGGCUUUGAUCACUAAACACUCUCAAGAAACAAUAAAAGGGACAGAUUUAGAAAAUCCUAGUUCUUUUCACUUUUCCUUCACUUUCUCAAUAACCAAUAAAAAAUGAAGCAGUAAAAUUUUA